ACGAGCAGAACCUGAUCUGUGCUGUUACGUACGGACAUCCGAUAUUCACGAAGAAAGUGCAAUAAUGCAAGGAUGAUAUGGAGAAGAUACUCUCUAAUUCAAUGUUAAUAGGAAAACUCAAGAUGCCAAGAUCACCUCGGAUUUACACAUAUAUUUUAGUUAUUUUAUCUACUUUCGCAAUAUCAUUAGUCUAUGGACAAGUUCCAACAUGUGAUAAUUCCAAUGGAGGGUGUAGUGAUAUAUGUACGCCCCUAUCUGCAUCAGGAGGAGUAAUAUGUUCGUGUUCAGACAACAAAACGUUAGCCAACAAUAACAGAGUCUGUGUCCCACCAGAUACAAAAGUUUGUGAUGGCUCGACCCAGUUUACAUGUGCCAAUGGGGAGAAAUGUAUACCGCUCAUCCAGGCUUGUGACAUCACUGAUGACUGCGGGGACGAGUCGGAUGAGGGAACUAACUACUGCUAUGACCAUAAAUGCGGUGUAGAUCAAUUCACAUGUGACAACGGAAAAUGUAUUUAUGAACAGUUUAAAUGUGAUUUCUACAAUGAUUGCUUCGAUAACAGUGAUGAAAACCCAGACAUAUGUGGAUUUGUUACAUGUUCCCCUGGGUCGUUUGCGUGUGCCAAUGGUAUCUGUAUAUCAAACAGUUCUCUAUGUAAUGGUAUUGAUGAAUGUUUAGAUGGCAUGGCUAGUGAUGAACUUGGUUGCCCCGACAGAACAUGUUCCCCUGGUACUGUCCCGUGUGAGAACAGUAAUAUCUGUAUUUCACCCCAGUGGCUGUGUGAUAAAUCUAAUGACUGUGGUGAUAACUCGGAUGAAGAUAGCUCUUUCUGCAGUAACCGAACAUGCUCAGUGGAAGAUUUCUUGUGUCAAAGUGGUAAAUGUAUCCCAGGAGCGUGGUUCUGUGAUGGAAGAUCAGACUGUCCUGAUGGUGACGACGAAGUUGAAGAUGUCUGCACUGCUCCUAAUUUCACUUGUCAUUAUGGUCUCUUUACCUGUGAUGACGGAACAUGUAUCACUGAAGAAUGGGAAUGUGAUGGCAUACCAGAAUGUCCAGACGGCUCAGAUGAAUACAGAAGUUGCCCGGAAUAUGUUUGUCCGGAGAACUUCUACAAGUGUGAGCAGAAAAAGCAUCUAAAGAACAGAUGCAUCCCCGACACUGCUGUAUGUGAUGGACAAGUUGAUUGUGCCAUGGGAGAUGAUGAAUUCCAGAACUGCACUAUGCGUACCUGUAUGCCAGGAGAGUAUUCAUGUCGAAAUGGUCUUUGUAUCAGAGAUGAAUUCCUCUGUGACCAUGAGAAUGACUGCGGUGAUCAAUCGGAUGAAGGAUCAGCGUGUAAUUAUUCUCGAUGUGAUCCUGAAACGGAAUUCACCUGUAACAACGGUCUCUGCGUGAUGGCAUCAUGGGUUUGUGACGGUGUCAGUGAUUGCAGAGAUCGCUCUGAUGAACACGGAUGUGAUGAAAACACACCUACAUGUGCUCCUGGUGAAUACAUGUGUGGAGAUGGAUCUUGUAUUCUACAACAACUCGUUUGUAAUAACGAUCCUGACUGUAAUGAUGGUUUGGAUGAAUACCGCUGCGGUGUAAAUGAAUGUGAGAACAAUGCCACUGGAUGCCAUCAUAACUGUGUGAACACGGCUAAUAGUUACUACUGUACAUGUGACGAUGGGUUCCGGUUGAACGCUGACGGACGAACGUGUGACGAAAUAAACGAGUGUGUUGAGACUCCAGGGAUCUGUAGUCAGAUAUGUGAGAACACGGUUGGAGGAUAUAUCUGCAUGUGCGUUGAUGGCUACACCCUACGUAAUGAUAGGAGCUCGUGUAAACACAACUCAGCAAUUGAUCCUCUAAUCAUCUUCAGCAACGUAUACUAUAUUCGGUCUCUCUCACUUGAUGGACGUGAAUACAAUCUGAUCGCAGACGACUUCGGGAGCGCUGUUGCUUUCGAUUACGACUACGCAGAGAGUCGUCUCUACGUCAUGGAUAUAGUACGAGGGCACAUCCUUCGAAUGUGGGUGAACGGAACAGAUCGUGAGGUCAUCAUCAACGACUUCGUCAACGGUGGAGAGGGAAUGUCUGUUGAUUGGGUUGGAAGAAAACUAUACUGGGUUGAUAGUGUGAACGAUGUGAUGGAGGUAGCCGAGCUGGAUGGUAGUCAGAGGAAAACCUUGGUCUAUACUGGAAUGGAUCAACCAAGGGCUGUGGUGGUUAACCCUAAACAUGGUCACGUGUACUGGACUGACUGGGGUCUCGAUGCCUAUAUUGGACGUGUAGGCAUGGACGGUACAGGAAAGACUCGUUUCCAUGACAACAGGAUGGUCUUUCCAAAUGGACUGACCAUUGAUUAUGCUGCGGAGCGACUAUAUUGGUGCGAUGCCCAUCUAAAUCAUGUAGCAUUUUCUGACCUGGACGGUAACACCCUCCAUAUAGUACCAACCCGAGGCACACCAUUGGCGCACCCUUUUGCCAUCUCACUCUUCGAAGAUGAUGUCUACAUAACAGACUGGAAUGAGAAAAUGAUACGUCGGUUUGACAAACUCGGUGGACGGCACAUCAUGGAGUAUGUAGAAACCCUUCAGCUACCAAUGGAUAUACAUAUCUAUCAUCCACUCAGACAGGACCAAACUCUCGUCAAUCCCUGUGGAUCGAACAAUGGAGGUUGUUCUCACAUGUGUCUUAUUGCCCCUGGUGGUCAGACCUUCACAUGUGCUUGUCCAGACAGUUUCGUGCUCGAUCAGGACGGUGUUACCUGUCUGGCAGACUGCUCGUCCAGUCAGUUCGCCUGUGCCAACCAAGAAAAAUGCAUCCCGUUGUCAUGGAGAUGUGAUACAGAGAAGGAUUGUUCUGAUGGGUCUGACGAGCCUGUGGAUUGUCCUACUCGAUACUGUCCUGAUAGGACCUUUCAGUGUGAUGAUACUGCCUGUGUUCCAUCUACUGAGAUCUGCAACGGAGAAGGCAAUUGUUUGGACGGAUCCGACGAAGCUCAUUGCAAUACGACAGUAUGUCAGCCAUGGGAAUUCCGAUGUGGUACAGGAUCAUGCAUUAACCAUGUUCUAGCAUGUAAUGGAGUAGAUAACUGUCCGGAUGGCUCUGAUGAAGUACAGGACGUGUGUGCUCAACGAGGAUGUUCUGAAGGCUAUUUCCAGUGUGGUACUGGGUACUGUAUCCCACAAACAUGGGUGUGUGAUCUCGACAAUGACUGUGGAGAUGCCAGCGAUGAACCUUUAAGAGAAUGUCAAACACGAGCCACCUGUCCAAGUGGUUGGUUCUCAUGUGUGUCUAACUACCGUUGUGUGCCGUCUUGGGCUGUAUGUAAUGGUUAUGAUGAUUGCCGGGAUAACUCUGACGAAGAACAAUGCGCUACGGCCACUUGUGAAGUUGGUGAGUUCCAGUGUGUAAAUGGAGACUGUAUCCCUCAACGUUGGGUGUGUGACUUUGAGAAUGACUGCACUGACGGAUCUGAUGAGCAAACUUGUACUUUUAGACAAUGUUCAGAGAGCGAGUUCCGUUGCACUUCAAACAAGUGCAUCCCACAGAGAUUCGUAUGUGACUUUGAGGAAGAUUGUCCCGGAGGGGACGACGAGGUCGCUUGUCCGGAACGAAUGUGUUACUUCCCAAGUCAGUUCAAAUGUGCCAGUGGUCAUUGUAUUGAUGAAAGUUUUGUGUGUGAUGGAACCAGUCAAUGUCAAGACUCAUCAGACGAAAUAGACUGUCCUACCAGACUUCCUCAAGGUUUAUACUGCUAUCCGAACCAAUUUACCUGUGAUGAUACGGUAUGUCUCCCUCUUAGUUGGAGAUGUGACGGUACCAAUGAUUGCCCUGAUGGUAGCGAUGAAACCCUUUCAUUAUGCUCAUCCAUACCCUGUGAUCCAGAAGAAAGAUGGCGUUGUGAUAAUGGUUUCUGUAUUCCACGGAGUGGUCUCUGUGAUGGCGUUGAUACCUGUGGUGAUGCCAGCGAUGAAAAUGACCACGAAUUGUGUGAGGAAGUAAGACAGUGUACAUCUGAUGAAUUCAAGUGUGUCAAUCAGAAUUGCAUUCCUCAAGAAAAUGUUUGUGAUCUUCAGGACGAUUGUGGUGAUAUGUCAGAUGAGUAUGGCUGCUAUGAUUCUGGUAGUUGUUCAGAAGACAAUGGAGGAUGCCAGGAAGUGUGUAUUCCGUUGACCUUAGGAUACUACUGCUCAUGCGCAGAUGGACAUCAAUUAGCAGAUGAUAGAUCAGGAUGUGAAGAUAUCGAUGAGUGCUUAGACAACCCAUGUCAACAGCAGUGUUCAAACACCAAGGGAUCGUAUGAAUGUAGUUGCUCUGAGGGCUACCAAGAUGAUGGGGUCUUCUUAAGAGGUCAAUACUGCAAGGCAAUAGGUGCUAGACCUCAGUUCUUCUUUGGUGAAGAUGAUGAAGUCCGUUACUUCGACGAUGAGACAAAGAACUAUGGGGUACUUCUAACAACUCAAGGAAUCGUCCGUUCUCUGGAUUAUAAUUUUGACGAAGGUGUGGUAUAUUGGAUCGAUCCUGCUAUACCUGCUCUGAUGAGGGCCUAUAUACCAAACAUUGAUGAGACCGCAGUACCCGAUGAAUUACCACUUCUAAAUAUUUACCGCCCUCAAAAUUUAGCGGUAGAUUGGUUUGGAGGAAACCUUUACUGGACCGACCUUGGUGAGGAAACAGAUGAAGGUGAUGAUAACAACUCAAAGAGGAAGAAGAGAGACGGUCUUCAUCCCUCCCUAUCCAUUUCUACAGCUACCCUGGAUGGGCGUUACCGUCGAGUUCUGGUAGAGGAUGGUAUUGAGAUGCCGGUUGCUUUAGCUGUUAAUCCCCGAAGAGGGGUCUUCUAUUGGUCUGACAUCGGUGCCUUACCUAAGAUUGAAAUGGUUUGGAUGAAUGGUAAUGGACGUCAGAUCUUGGUAGAUACAACCAUUGAGAUGCCUACUGGUCUGGCCAUUGACUUUGCUAACAGAGAUACAGUAUAUUGGUGUGAUCAGAGCAGGAAUGCUAUCGAAUCAAUGAACUGGGAUGGUUCCAAUAGAAAGAUCUUGAGAGCUGCAUCAACCUUGUCCAGGCCACGAAAUUUGGAUGUCUUUGAGAAUAGCAUCUUCUUCACCACUGCUGCCCUUGGGACUGAGGGGGAGAUCCGUCGUCUUGACAAGCUAGGACGUGGUGUUUCUGUGACUGAGAUUCCCAACAUUAAUGAACCUAGUGGACUAAAGCUCUAUCAGGAACAGAGAUAUAACCUCGAUGUUGUGAAUCGUUGUGAGGAUAGUCCAUGCAGUCAUCUUUGUUUCCUGAUACCGGUCAGUGAUGGUAGUACACGAACAAGAGGCUAUGCCUGUGGAUGCCCGGAUGGUGAUUCCUUCCAAACAGGAAGUACAACAAGAUGCAGAAGUGCCACCAUGGAGCCGCGACCUCUUCCUGAUCCGAUCCCUAAUUGCCCUUGUCUCAAUGGAGGAGUAUGUCUGGAUGAUGGAACAUGCGAGUGCAGAGAUGGAUGGACAGGAGAGAACUGUGCAGCUCAAGCCCUGAAGCAAAAAGGACUAAAUGCUGGAGCUACUGCUGGCAUAGCGGUUGGUUGUGCAAUCCUGGUUCUUAUCUUAGCAAUUAUUGUCUUCUUGAUUAUCAGAAGGAGGACUGGAAUUGUGAAAACGCCAAAGAGAGAAGGUCAUGUGACGUAUAGGACAGGAACCAAUGUCGAGCUUCCAUUCCAGAGCCAUGAUACUCCUGACCAUGCUGCCUUUGAGAACCCUAUCUUUGCCAAUGGAAACCGCAACGUUGAGGAAAAUAUUUACAUGAACGACGAAGAGCUCGCCGCCGAGGGGUAUUACGACCCCAACACCGGGCUUGAGAAACCUCCCCUAACUGGAGGACCCGAUGAUGCUGUGUACCUCCCUGAAAAGAUGGGGGUUCCAGAAGGUGGUAUCGAUGCCUCUGCCAUCCCUCCUCCACCGGAUGAUCUGCCUCCACCCCCUCCUGAGCUUCAGAUUAGUGUAGAGGUCGGGAUGAAUGGUCAGGCGAGGAUGGUUCCUUUACCAGAGAUGGACCUUAUGACCCCGCCCACAUCUCCAACAUUUAGUCCAACCGAAGGAGAGGGGGACAGGAACACACUGGUCUUUCAGGAUGAAGAUGAAUGAGGACCAGAAAUUAUCUUGUCCUAUUUUGGAACCCAGAAAGACAAAAGACUUUUUGAACGCUUCUUUGAUCAAGAUCCAGACAUAUACUUCUACUUCCAAAGAUAGAAUCAUUAAAGGAUUUUGAUAAAUGUA